GCCCGUGCUGACCCAUGCUGACCUGUGGUGAUCCGUGGUGGCCCGUGGUGACCCCUGUCCCCACCUGGCCAGGUGUACAUGCACCUGCCGCAGACGGACAACAAGAAGAAGAUCAUCAUCACCGAGGACGGGGAGUUCAAGGCGCUCCAGGAGUGGAUCCUGGAGACCGACGGCGUCAGCCUCAUGCGGGUGCUGAGCGAGAAGGACGUGGACCCCGUGAGGACAACCUCCAACGACAUCGUGGAGAUCUUCACCGUUCUGGGGAUCGAGGCGGUGCGGAAGGCGCUGGAGCGGGAGCUGUACCACGUCAUCUCCUUCGACGGUUCCUACGUCAACUACCGGCACCUGGCGCUGCUGUGCGACACCAUGACCUCGCGGGGACACCUGAUGGCCAUCACCCGGCACGGCGUCAACCGCCAGGACACCGGGCCACUCACGGAGUGUUCCUUUGAGGGGAUGGGGUCGAUCUCCUGA